GAGGGCAGGAAAAAAACAAGCUGAGAAAAUUGUUCGAGGAAAACGAAAGUACUACCAUUAAAUUUAAAUUGAACAAGUCCCUCAUUUCGAUAGGAAAACGUCACAUUUUGUAGUUAGUUUGAAGAGUUGGGGCAGCGGUGUCGCGCUGAUCGCAGAAGGCAGCGUUCAUCUGGUAAAAGAAAAGUGAUCGGAGUCGGUAGCUUGUGUUUGUGUUAUUGUACUGGCUACCAGCGUACAACUGUUAUGAGGUGUCAAUAAGUUUAAAGGUGGACGAAGGCUGGAAUGCGAAGGCCCUGGCAUUUGAGCUGGGUUUCAGAGGUCAUCAUCAUCGCAUGACAAAGCCUGACUGACAGAUUCAUCUUCAUCUUUCAGAUACAGUAUUUCCAUUUUCUGUGCCUAAGGUGAACACCAUGAAGGGUGGAGGAAGGGGGAAGGAGCCACCUGUGGAGGGCGAGGUCAGCGGCAAGCGGCCCAAACGCAAGUGUCUCCAGUGGCACCCGCUGCUGUCCAAGAAGGCCCUGGACUUCUCUGAGGAGGAGGAGGAGGAAGACGAGGAGGAGCUGGAGAAGGAGCCACUGCUUUCCAGGGAAAGCGGGGGCCAGGAGGCAGAGUGCGGGGCCACAGAGGAGGAGGGGGAGGAGGAGACGUCGGAGCAGCGUGCCCGCCGCCCCAUGAACGCCUUCCUGCUCUUCUGCAAGCGCCACCGUUCCCUGGUGAGACAGGAGCACCCCCGGCUGGACAACCGCGGGGCCACCAAGAUCCUGGCUGACUGGUGGGCCGUGCUGGAUCCCAAGGAGAAGCAGAAGUACACUGACAUGGCAAAGGAGUACAAGGAUGCUUUCAUGAAGGCAAACCCAGGGUACAAGUGGUGCCCUACGACUAACAAGCCAGUAACCACUCCCUCCCACGCCAUCAGCACCCCACGCAAAAAGGUCUGGUCCCUCUCGACUAACCCGCCCAAGGACUGUGCCAUUGUCAAAAAAGUGCCCAAGACUGACAGCACGCCCCAGCUCAACUUCGCCAUGGCAGAUCCGACCAAAAUGGGAGGCCUGAGCCUGCUUCUGUUAGCCGGAGAGCACGCGCUGACUGCCCGUGAGGUCUCCUCCAGCACGGCCACAGCGGCGGCAGACCCGGACAAGCAGAGCGGGAAGUCGGCCUUAUUUCAUCUCGCUGAGAUUUCCUCCAGCUCUUCUCAGUCAGGGGCUGCAGACGUUGCUAAGCACCCUGGGAAACCUGCCCUCUUCCAGCUAGCAGAGCAGAUCUCCUCCAGCACCUCACACGCUACUGGAUCAGAGGGAAAGCAGUGCGGACAGUCUGCUCUCUUUCAGCUUGCUGAAAUGUGUUUGGCUUCUGAGGCGGGGAAGAUGGAAGCUUUGUCUGUGCAGCCAGUGGCAGACCCACCCACAACCCCCUCCUCUCACAGCACUUCAGAGACCAGCAACAGUCAGGAUGUCCCCGAUCUUCCUCUGUCCUCUCCUUCCUCCUCCUCCUCUGCCUCUUCCUCUUCCUCCUCCUCCUCAUCUUCCUCCUCCUCCUCUUCCUCCGCAUCUUCCUCCGCAUCCUCCAGCCCCACCGACGCCAGCCCACCAACGCUCAGCCAGCCCAAGAAUGUGAAGAAGAAGAAGAAGAAGAAGAAGAAGGACAGGAGCGAGGGCCCCAGGCCCGACGGGAGCCCGGGCUCGCCCAAGAAGCCCUGCAAGAAGCGCCAGUCCUCCGACUCAGACCUGGAGAGCGUCAUGUACACCAUCGAGGCGGUGGCCAAGGGGGCCUGGGGGCCCGCAGACGAGGCGCCCAGGAAGAAGAGCCGCCUGUCGGGCGGCCCAGAGGAACCCAGCUCACCAAAGAAGAAGACAAAGCCCAAAGUGAAGAAGCCCCCCAAGACGAAAGAGGAGGAGGACUCCGUGGUGGAGGACUGCAAGCCCGUGGAGCCAGAAGCACCCCCACCUAGGCCCGAGGAAGGGGUGGAGGAGCCGGAGGUGAAGGCGGAGCCCCUGACCCCGGCGGAGCAGCCCCGCUCUCCCAGCCCUCUACCCGUCCCUCUCAAAGCGGAGGAGAAGGAGGCCGAGGCCAAGCCCGAGAGCUGUGGCUCCAGGAAGUCAGAGAGGACCUGCAAGGGGGCCCUGUACAAGACUCUGGUGUCUGAAGGAAUGCUGACCUCUCUGAGGGCCAACGUGGACAGAGGGAAAAGGGGCUCAGCCCGUGGCAGCGUCUCUGACCACGAGGGCGGCUGGUCCGAUGAGAGCUGGGCGUUUGCACAGACAGGUGCCAGCAGCACCAAGAAGCUCAAGAAGUCCAAACCGAAAGAUGAGUCCAUUCCUGGUCUCGGGAAAUUGGAGGAGGAGUUCGAGAAGAAGUUCAACAGCCUGCCACAGUACAGCCCCCUGACGUUUGACAAGAAGAGCACCUCGGUCACCAAGAAGAAGAAGGCCAGUGGGAACGGGGCACACGAGCUGACCAAGACCUGCAGGGGUCCAUCUUCAUCUCAGAAAAAGAAUUUAUUCCACAAGAUUGUUAGCAAGUACAAGCACAAAAAGGAGAAACCCAGUACCUUGGAUAAAGCCAUAGUCACACAAGACCCCCCUGCGCCAGACGCGGCACUGAAGGUCAAGCCGGCCGCCCCCUGCGGCCCGCUGUCCCUGGAGGCGCUGGGGGCAGCCGAGAUGCUGGUGGGCAGCCAGAAGAGGAAGGCCAGGAAGAGUAAGAUCACCCACCUGGUGCGCACGGCGGAUGGCAGGGUGUCCCCGGCAGAAGAGGACAAAGCCAAGGAGCUGGCCCAGGAUCAGGACAAAAAGCCAUUAACCCAAGAGACUUUAUGCAAUGAAGGAGGGUGCUAUGCUGACCCCAGGACCCAGGGAGCGGGCGACGGCGCCGCAGACAGGCCCAGUGUGCCCACUCUCCCAGCGUUCUUCAGCCUGGCUGCCCUGGCCGAAGUGGCAGCCAUGGAGAACGUGCACAGAGGCCAGCGCGCCAUCACCAUGGCAGGCGAGGGACAGUCGAAGGAAAUGGCCCAGACCCCUGUGCUCAUCUCCUGCGCGGAUCAGUGAAGGCACCCCCCCACCCUGACCCCCC